AUGGGAAUAGCCCUUCUCUCGGUGCAAGCACCUCGUCCCAUCUCUCUCUCUCAGUUUCCUUCCACCAACCCAAAGACUUGGUUGCAUGGCUCAGCAACUCUCAAAACCAACCCUUCAAAGUCUGCCAUUCUUCUCUGUGCAGCUUCAGUUGUAGAAGGCCAAGGCCCUGCUUCUCCUCCACCUGAUGAUUCACUUGCUGCCCAAUCAGAAUCUGCCACCGAACCCACCAAAGAGCUUCCCCUGAGUGGUUGUAAGUCCUGUGGGAGAGAGGAAGUGGAGGAGGGAUGCAAUGGAGAGGGAAGGAUUCAAGGUGGAAUUGCAACAAUUCCGGGCUUUGGUUGGUGGCCAAUAAAGGCAUACAGGCCCUGUCCUGGAUUUUUGGCAUCAGGCGGCCGGUAUAGGCGGCAAGGACAAAGCUUGGAUGAGGUUGCCUUUGGAAGGGGAGGAAGAGGAGACUAG